GUGGAAGAAAAGGUGAACUAGGAAAAACAAAUCGCCUCAGUCGCAUCGGGACAGAGAGUCCAGUGACGUGGCUCGAGAGGAUCGCCCGACUGUGGACAAACAGGGACUAAUAGAGGUUGGUAUGUUCUAAGAUGUCAGACAACAAAAGCCCAGUAAAUGACCCAGAAGAGGGUCAGGUCCCCAAAGCAUCGUCACAGGGUGAUUCCUCUGUUGACUCUCGGACCGACAGCUCAACAGAUGUAGUUCCUACCCACAAAACAAGGAGGAGACCAGAGAACAAACCCAAACCUGAAGAAACUCCAGAGACACUGGAGACGCCAGAAGAUGAUGCAGCAAAGGCCUCUGUGCAGACAACUGUUUCAGAAGGUGGCUGGGGUUACUGGGGAAGCUGGGGAAAGUCCAUUUUAUCUUCUGCCACAGCAACUGUGGCCACAGUAGGCCAAGGAUUGUCUCAGGUCAUCGAGAAGGCUGAGACGUCAUUAGGAAUCCCCAGCCCCCAGGAGCUCUCAGCUGAAGUGGAACAGGAAGAGAAAACAGAUGCUCCAUCCAGUGGGGAAGCAGAAAAGGUGGAGGAAGAGGGAUAUACGAUGGGAAUGCUGUCCUCUAGCAGUAUGGGGAUGCUCUCCUCCAUCUCCAGUAUGGUUCAGAAUACGGGUAAAACUGUAAUAAGUGGUGGUCUGGAUGCUUUAGAGUUUAUUGGAAAGAAGACAAUGGAUGUGAUCGCUGAGGGAGACCCUGGCUUCAAAAAAACUAAAGGACUGAUGAACAGAACCUCCACACUCUCACAGGUUUUAAGGGAGGCAAAGGAACGAGAGGAACAACAGAAGACUGAGAAUGUUACCUCGGAAACACAGAAGGUGGCCCAUUAUGGGAUGUUGUUCGAUGAGUUCCAGGGCCUGUCCCACCUGGAGGCUCUGGAGAUCCUCUCCAAAGAAAGUGAAGCAAAGGUGAAGUCUGUGCUUCUCACUCUGUCUGGUGAUGACUUGGUCCAGCUGAGAGAAGAGCUGGAGCAGAUCAAAGAGUCCUUCUCCCUCAUGGAGUUUGAUGAUGAGGAGGUGGACGAUACAAAAGAGGAUGAUGGUGAAAACUUUCGAAAGGAACUGACAGAAGCUCUAGAGAAGCUCCGCAUAUCGUCAACCGCCGAGAAGCUUUGCAAAGCUAGGAAGAACGCAUUCAGCCGCGUCAUAGACCUGAAGCUGCCAGCUGAAAUCAAGAAGGAAGAAGAGGAGGGCAAUGAGCAGGAGGAAGCAGUGACCAAAUGCACAGUGGAGGCUGCUCACUCAUCUGCUAUCACAAGCCUGGCUGAGCUCACAGCCAGAUCCAUUGAGCAGUUCCACAAGGUGGCAGAGAUGCUGCUUCACUCUAACACUAUAGAGGUCACUGCCCUAGAACAAGCCAGAGUCCUUUCACAAAUCACAAUUGUUCUCUGCAAGGAAAUAUCACUACUAUCCAAAAGGUUCACAGCUUGUUUAACUACAAUUGGGUCAAAUGAAAAGGGAGAGGUCCUUAAUCCACUAAUCACUGGAGUUUUCCUGGAGGCUUCCAACAGUGCAUCAUAUAUCCAGGAUGCUUUCCAGCUCUUAAUGCCAGUACUAGAGGUGUCUCACAUUCAGAGGACAGUUGACUCAGGCCACCACUAACGGCUCAGCACUCUUUACUGUGCCACGAAGGGAUCUGAACAACAGUCAAGGACAAUAAGAAUAAAAUGCUGCAGUAUUUUGAUUGUAAUCAAAAUGUUUAUUAAUGUGUAUGGAGCUGAAGUAAAUACAACAAAUACGUUUGAUGUACUAUAUGUAAUAGAUAAGAAUUGGCUUUUUAUUGUUAACUCUGCCAAUGAAGCGUCAUAGGGGGUUUUAUAUCAUUUUAAAAAUGUAAGUUAUGUAAUGCUGUUGUGCAUAAAAGGGCAUAGAUAUUUUCUCUUAUGCAGAUUUUGACCACUUAUAAGCUUUACACAGCAUCACUUAACACUUUGGUAAUCUGUUUUUGAAAGUGUGCAAACAAAUAGAAUUGUAUUCAUAAAGCAUAUCAUAACUGUGUUGUUUUGAUCUUCACUCCUUUAAAGGAAAAAUGCUGCCACAAAGGGUUCUUUGUUUGAUGCCAUAGAAAGACCAUUGUUGGUUCCUUAAAGGACAUAUUAAUAAAUGACUCUUUGCAGAACCAUU